UUACCGUUACUUUUACAAACAGUUUGAAAAUAAUUUUCGCUUGAUUUCAAUUCUCUCCUCACAUGUUAUCACACAAACGUGUAAAAGAUAACAAUGUUUAUACUUAUAUGCACUAUAUGAAUAAACACAGAUUAAUAAAUCUCAUCUUUAAGCCAUAAAAAUGUACGUUUUGAAAAAGUGACGGAGCGCCAAAAUCCAAACCCGCCCUAGGUUAUGUCCGCGAGUUGUUUUCAACCGAAAAUUUUCACGCAUUUUCCGCGAUUAUCACUAAAACAACACAGUUUAACACCUUCCUACACCAAGAAUGUACGUCGAAGAUGUCAAAGAAGAGUUCUACCAAUUUCUAUCAGGCAAACGAAUAUCAAUUAUCGUCCACUAUGACAUAGACAGCAUAUGCACUUGUAAAAUCCUUCAAACUCUCCUGCAAUUCUCCCACACAAUCUACACCCUUGAAGUGGUGGCAGGGCUGGAACAUGUGAGAGAAGCGUAUUUGAAUCAUGCACCCGACUGUAAAUACUUUGUGCUUAUCAACUGCUGUGGUACAGUGGACAUUGUGGAGUUUCUGGAACCCGAAGAAGAUGUUACAUUCUUUGUGCUGGAUUCGCACAGACCCACGGACUUGUGUAAUAUUUUUAGUAAUGGCCAAGUUAGAUUAUUGUCCAGUCCAGAGGAGGAUGGACAAGUGCCUGAGUUUGCAGAUGUUUUCAGGGAGGAUGAAGAUGAUUCAGAUGAAGAAGGCAGUGAUGAUGAUGAAAACGAACAAGGAACAAAACGUCGUCGAUCUAACGAUGACCGAGCACUUCCAGAAGAAAGAAUUCUCCGGAGACGUGAACGACGCAAAUGGGAAGAGAAUCGCAAUCGAAUUCUUUUCGAAUACUCACAGUUUACCUACUAUAACAAAGCUAGCGCGUUGUUCAUGUACAAUCUCGCAUGGAAACUCAACCGUGACGACAAAGACCUCCUCUGGCUGGCAAUUGUCGCCCUCUCCGAGCAGAUGACAUUCGCCAAAAUCGAAAACACCACCUACGUCCUGGAAGCCGGCAGUUUACAAGCGCACGCAACGCGUUUACAAAACCGAUCCAACGACGCCGAAGUGAAAACAUCGCUCAAAGUCUACAUCGAGCGCGAUUUACGUCUGGUUUUAUACCGACACUGGACUGUUGAAGCUAGUCUCAAGUAUUCGAUGCACACCGCUUGUAAAUUACGACUGUGGUCGCAGCGCGGCGAUAAAAAACUGCAGCAGUUACUCGCUGACAUGGGGCUGCCUCUGGUACAAAGCAGACAAACAUACAGAUCGAUGGAAUUACAACUGCGGAAGGAAUUCCAGGGAAAACUACAGGAAUUAGCCGAGAAGUAUGAAUUGGGUGAUGUGUUAUUGACGACUUUCGCUCUGCAAUAUGGCUAUGGGCAUAAAUUCCUAGCAACUGAUAUUGUGUAUGCUAUGAAUUCAAUUCUAGAAUGUACUACGAAUAAAUCCCGAAAGGAAUGCUUUAACCUCGCCCUCCAGUGCCUAUCACGCAACAAAAACGAGAUUCUCUACCAGGGCAUCGAGCGCGCCAAGCAAGUGACGCAGAUACUGUUCAAAACCGUGCAGAGUGCGCUCGAGAUGCGCCAGGUAGUCUCAGCCGGUCCCUUCUUUUACUACAUCAUCCAGGACGGAUGUGUUGACUGGCAGAUGUUCAGCCAGCAACACGUGCUGCUGCUGUUGGCGCAGUUUAUUCUACGCGCGUAUGUCUCGGGGAGUAAAAACAAGAAGGCGAGCGCGAUGCCGCUGCUUGUUUCAGCGCCGUGUGAUCUGAUUAGUGGCGAUUGUAUGAUUGUGGGUAUUCCGCCAUUAUGUGAGAAUUCACCUAAGAAUUUCUUCGGGAAAGCGUUUGAACAGGCAGCUGACCGCACAGGAUGCGAGACUUAUUGUGAUUACUUCGACACAUCAUAUUUUCGAUUGCCCACGAAGCAUCGUACACGUUUCAUCGACGCUUUGACUGCGCUGCUUAGUUAAAAAUUCAUCACACAAAUAUUGCCCGAUGAUUUUUGGAUUUUAAAGAUACGAAAUUUUAUCCUGUCUGUGCCUUAAGUCCAUAUUUCUUAUUUAUUUAAUUAAUUAUCGUCUAAGAACUCAAUUAGUAAUAAUUUUCUAGAGUACUAUGUACUUGUUAACCAAUAAGCGCAACUAGUUGAUGAAUUUCUAUGAAAUUAAAAGUAUUUUAGCGAA